CUCAAUGUCAGUGGCGCUGAGGCAAGCGUUGCGGGGGAGAAGGGCAGCGGGUGUAGCUGCCGUUUCCGUUUCCAAGGUUCCGACCAGUACGCGGGCCUCUCACUGUUGUGGUCUCUCCCGUUGUGGAGCCCAGGCUCCGGAUGCGCAGGCUCAGUGGCCAUGGCUCACGGGCCUAGCCACUCCGUGGCAAGUGGGAUCUUCCCGGACCAGGGCACGAACCCAUGUCCCCUGCAUCGGCAGGUGGACUCUCAACCACUGCGCCACCAGGAAAGCCCAACAUUCUUAAGUAUAUAUGCUGUGAAAAGUCUUUUCUGCCAGUCUUCAGGUUUUCUCAUAGAUGUUGUGCUCGUGGGAGGAGGUUGCUGAGCACUUCCACAUGGAGGUUGGCACAGGACCAAACUCGAGACACACAACUCAUAACGGUUGAUGAAAAAUUGGAUAUUACUGCUUUAACUGGUGUUCCAGAAGAGCAUAUCAAAACUAGAAAAGUCAGGAUCUUUGUUCCUGCUCGCAAUAACAUGCAGUCUGGAGUAAACAACACGAAGAAAUGGAAGAUGGAGUUUGAUACCAGAGAGAGAUGGGAAAAUCCUUUGAUGGGUUGGGCAUCAACGGCUGAUCCGUUGUCCAACAUGGUUCUAACUUUCAGUACUAAAGACGACGCAAUUGCCUUUGCAGAAAAAAAUGGAUGGAGCUAUGAUGUUGAAGAGGGAAGGGUUCCGAAACCAAAGUCCAAGUCUUACGGGGCAAACUUCUCUUGGAACAAAAGAACAAGAGUAUCCACAAAAUAGGUUGGCACGGAUUAUAUCUCUGCUUCAGACUGUGAAUAAAGUCAGCUAUUCAGUAUUUACAGUCCGCGUAUAUUACACCUCAAUCUCCUAAUAAAUUUGACCUUUAAACUCCAGA